AUGGGGGUAACGAAGGAGGAUGUGGAAGCGGCGCUCACAUCCGUGCUGAAACCUGCUCAUCUGGUGAGAGGAUGGCCUCCGUUUCUCACGCUUCCCGUCGCCUUUUCUUCUCUGCUGGUUUUGGUUGCUGAUUCUCUUUUAUAUCUUCCUUCUGUCGGCGCUCGCCGUGCAGGUUGUGGUCGAUACGUCCGGAGGGUAAGCAUCUCUUGUUCUUUGAGCUCUGAGAUAUUGGUUUAGUUUUCCGUGUUCUUAUUCGGGGAAGACGGCCCUAGGUUUCUGUUUGUGGUUUGCUCUUCUGGCUCGAAAGGGCGGUGAUCGAAUUGUACCUUACGGAUUAAUGUGAUAGAUGCGGCGCGAGUUUUGAAAUAGAGGUUGUGUCGGAGCAAUUCGAAGGGAAAAGGCUGCUGGAGCGGCACCGCAUGGUGAACGCGGCGCUGGCGGAGGAGCUCAAGCAGAUCCACGCGCUCUCCAUCCGGAAGGCCUUGGCUCCCGCUCAGUGGAACCGUCCUACGCCGCAGCAGGAUGCAAUUGGAGAAGCAGCCGCUGCCGGUAAAGCGGAACCCUAG